AUGUCAGCGGAGACAUAUAAAAUAAGGCCAAUAAUAAGUUGUGUAGGAGGACCAACAGACCGUAUCUCUUGGUUUCUAAAUAGAAUUGUGAGUCAACUACUACCAAAAGUGUCUUCUCAUCGAUCAAGCGGUUCACAAUUCCUUGAACGUGUUAAAAAUGCCAGAUUCCAACAAAAUUGUGUCAUGGAGUCACAUGACGUGACCUAUUUGUACACAAACGUUCAAAACAAACAGACGUUACAAGCGUUAUCUGAAAUGCUAGAUAGACACGGCCGUAGUAUAGAAACCUUUGGUCUAAGCAAGCAAUGCAUAAUGAUCCUGAUGGGUGAGGGUCAGUAUUUUAAAUGGUCAGGAAAAUAUUUCUCUCAAAUAAGAGGACUUGCUAUGGGCCAAAGGCUUGCUCCAUUCCCCUUACUUCUUGCCGUUUGCUUUAUGAGCAUAAUAGAACAACCAGUGAUAGAAUGUCACCCACAGAUGUAUUGCCGUUAUAUCGAUGAUUGCUUCAUUAUAAGAUCAACGCAAUCCGAAAUGGACAAAUGCUUUAGAAUUCUGAAUGAAGGAUCGCAGUACAUAAAACUCACUCGAGAACAACCAAAAGAUGGUUGGCUGCCUUAUUUGAAUGCUCAAAUAAGACUAUACAAUGGUAUUGCAAGUGUGAAAUGGUAUCGCAAGGAAAGCUCGAAAAACAAACUGAUAAACGCAAAGUCAGCCCAUCCUAGUGGCAUGAAAAAGGCAAUUAUCCGAAAUAUGGUCAAAACAGCAACAGCAAUGUGCACAGGGGAUAGGGAACGGGAGGAAUCACUAAAACUAGCCACAAGCAUAGCUAGUUCAAACGGUUACUCGAGAUUGAAAUCUAACAUCUACUCUCGAACUACGAACAACACAGUGAGGAUCCCACGUGAAGGUAGAAUUCCUUUGUGCAUCCCCUCCGUCUCUGACUCCUUAACUGCUGCUAUACACCGGAUUCCUUUGUGA